AUGACAAGUACUCUGCCAACCCAGGAAGCACUAAAUGAGCAAAUCUUCCAGGCCAUCAAGGACAACCAUUUACCGAAAUUUGAACGUCUGCUCGCCUACUGUCGUGUCCAUCCUAAGACCAUUACAGAUAAAACCAAUAAAAAUAACACACUCCUGCAUUGUGCCGUAGAAGAAGACAGUUUUGAUAUUGUCCGAGAAUUGUUAUUGGAAAGGUGGCAAACAAAUAUAAACGCGCAGAAUGACGAUGGUGACACUGCCCUGCACAUUAGCGCCAAGAAGAACUCCGAUCGACUGAUACAUUUGCUCCUGAAAAACGGAGCGAUCAGUGAUGUCGUCAACAAGGAAGGUAAAACAUUUCUGGAUAUCGUCAGGAGAAUGGCAAAUCAAAGGGAGGCCCACCUGGGCAACCACCAGAUUGAACAGAAGAUGGAUAAAUUGAACCAACUGGGACCUUCUCAAAAAGUAACAUCAUACAAUGGACAUGUAGCAAGGGUUCAAUCUUUGAUAGGUCUGGGAGCAGAGGUAAAUGCCGAAAAUAAGAACAAGUUGACGCCACUCUAUUGCGCGGCUGCAAAUGGAUUUAAAGAUGUGGUUCAACUAUUGACUGACAAAGGUGCAAAUAUUGAAGCUAAGGCUGAUAAAGGACAAACGCCUUUGCACAUUGCAACUUUGUAUAAUCACUUGGAUGUAGUCCAGUUUCUAAUUAGUAAAGGCGCCAAUGUCAAUGCUAUUGAUAAAGACAAUUGGACACCAUUGCACAUAGCAGUCAAUAAUGGUUACUUGAAUGUUGUCCAGACUUUGAUUACAAAAGGUGCCGGUGUCAAUUCUAUCACCAAAACUCCCUUGCACAUUGCAUCUGAAAAUGGUCACUUAGAGGUGGUGCAGCUUCUUAUUUGCAAAGGCGCUAAUGUAAAUGCAGUUGCAAGCAAUUGUACUCCAUUACAAAUGGCAUCUCAGAAUGGUCACUUGAAGGUUGUCCAGUAUCUGGCAACUAAAGGCGCCGAUAUCCAUGCUGUCACUAAAAAUUUGUAUACACCAUUGCACAUUGCAGUAGCAAAUGGUCACUUCAACAUUGCACAGUUUCUAAUUAGUAACGGCGCCAAUAUCGAUGUUGUUACUGACAAUAAUUGGACUCCAUUGCACUUGGCAGCCCAUAAGGGUUACUUGAAUUUUGUCCAGAUUUUAGUUACAAAAGGUGCCGAUGUCGAUCUUACUAGUCUUACUAGGACAAGAAGUACUCCAUUGCACUUAGCAGCUCAAAAUGGUCACUUGGAUGUUGUUCAGUUUCUGAAGACUAAGAAAGCCAAUGUAAAUGCUUAUACUACAACAAAAUGGACGCCAUUGCACUUUGCAGCCAAUAAUGGACACUUGAAUGUUGUCAAGUUUUUGCUUAAUAAUGGCACAUGGAUACAUGAUAUUCACAGACAAAGUUGGAAACCCUUGCACUUAGCAGCUCAAAAUGGUCACUUAUAG